GGUCGUGAAUGAAGGGGGGAAAAAAACGUCUUUCACCUUACCUGCACUUGUUUGAAUUCAAUAACCGGCACGAACACAGGCAAAACUCAUGACGAUUCGACGACAGGGUGUCGUGAGCUAACAUGAUUGGUUGUUUUCGACGCUACGUCAUUCGCUGUGUCCAAUAGCCGCAAAGAAUCGAACGGUCGCCGGUGUUUGAUUGGAGCGUUCGGUGAUGCGUUAACGGACACGGAGAUUAGUUAGUGUGCGAGUCCGUUGAAUCCCCUAGAACCCAAUUUUCCUAUCGAUAAACGAUCCUUUAUCUGUAGCAUGUGUUGAUGUUCCGGUCGUAUACAGACAUGGUAGAGCCAACGGCGCACUCAUUCUCAUCCCUGAAGGAGGAGCUGGAAUACUGGAAAGAGCAGGCACACAAACACCAGCAAAGGGCGGAUGAGGCUCAGGAUGAGCUGCAGGAGUUCCAGCAGAUGAGUCGGGACUAUGAAGCCGAGCUGGAAACGGAGUUGAAGCAGUGCGAGGGUCGAAACAAAGAGCUGCUGCUGGACAACAACAGACUCCGCAUGGAACUAGAAAGCAUAAAGGAGAAAUUCGAAGCGCAGCAUUCGGAAGCCUUCAGGCACAUCUCAACACUGGAGGAAGAUCUGGCGGAGACCAGGGCAGUCAGAGACCAUCUGCAGAAGUACAUCAGAGAGUUAGAACAGUCCAAUGAUGACCUGGAGAGGACAAAAAGGGCUACCAUCAUGUCUCUGGAGGACUUCGAGCAGCGCAUGAACCAGGUCAUCGAGAGGAACGCCUUUCUGGAGAGUGAGCUGGACGAGAAGGAGAACCUGCUGGAGUCUGUUCAGAGGCUCAAGGAUGAAGCCAGAGACCUUCGCCAGGAGCUGGCCGUUCGGCAGAAGGAGAGACGGCCGUCCAGCAGCCUGGGCAAGGACUCGGACCGGUCAGAGAUGCUCUGCUCGUCCCCGCCCAACCCCUCCGUCCCCAUCACUCCGUCCAAGCCGUCAUACAUGACGCCGCCUGCCUCCAGCAUCCGCAGGGGAGACGGUCUAACAGGAACCCCUCUCACUACAUCUGCAAGGAUAUCUGCACUGAACAUUGUCGGAGAGCUGCUGAGGAAAGUCGGGAAUCUGGAGUCGAAGCUGGCGUCCUGUCGAGACUUCGUCUACGACACGUCUGUGAGCAGACCGGCGCUCGCUGCCGGCCCAUGUAGUCCUUCGGGCUUAGACGCGGGUCCGGAGGGCCAAGGCAGCAGCUUCAGCCCCCCUCCUCAAUACGACAGUUUGGUGAAGCGGUUAGAGUUUGGACCCGCUCCUCCGAGAGGGGUCUCCCACGGUCCCCAGUCUCCGCAGGGGGGGGUCAAGAUCCUGCUGUAAGACGGGUCCAGAAGGGCGAGCCGCCUCCCGCCCUCCUCCUCAAGUUACAGAAACAGGACUCUGAGCUCAGCUGAUGUAGUCGCACAGAGAGGGGUCUGGUUUCAGGCCGGGACAAAGCAGAGCCAACCCACCCGUCUGUGCAUGGACCCCUGCUGCCCUGUGGGCUAAAUUCAUCAUCGCAGAAAGCUGCUCCGCGUUGUUGUCGUGCGACAUCGAGGAAAGCAGAACCCACCCCUCAUCUCUUCCGCUGUAUCUGAUGCCGUGUGGCGUGUCUAGGACCUUCGGCGUCGACGCUUUCUGCGAUGGAUCAAAGCACACGUAACUCCCAACGUAGUGAAGCCGCUGCACCCGCCUGCUGGAGAGCGGCGACGGUAAAUACAGCCGUCUGGGACAGGGACCAAGAACCUGAAGUUGAAUUUUAGCAAACAUGUUUCAGACCAAACCAAAGCUGUGAUGGAUGAUAUUAUUAUUAUUAUUAUUAUUAUUAUUAUUAUAAAUCCAGUGGGUUAGCUUUUUUUUUUUUUUUUUUUUUUUUUUUUUUUUUAUAAACGAGUAAUAAUUAAAACUUCCAUACUUAUUUAACACAUUUUGGCCCAACCUACUACAAUUUCAUACCCAUAAAUAAGCCAUUUUGUACUUUUUUUUUUUUUUUUUUUGGUAGAAAUUUUAAUUAAACGUACGUAGACAUUAAAAGGCUCAAAUUGUACAUGAUUUUUAUUCUUUUUGAUAUCGUUUUGUUAAGACAGUAGAUUGCAUCCUCUUUCAUUUGAUAGUGGUUCUGAUCACUGCUUUGACCCACUUGAUUCUCUUGAAAAACGAUCCCUGAUGAACCCAAAGUGACUCUAGGAGACCUCCUCCUGGUAGAUUAUAUUAAUUGGGAGUCGUACAACCACAUUACCUUACAGCGCAUGAUGAAACGGUGGUUUAAAUCCUUGUCAAAUUAUCUGACAA